UCAGCGCGGCCAGCUGAAAGAAAGGGGGUUUGACUUGCAUAUGUGUCAUUACACACGCGUGUGCGCGACUUUGCCUUGUCAGCUACAACUAGUCCUGUCAAAACUCCCAAGGGUCAAAGGCUCGCAAUUUAUUCUUACCUGCUUAUAUUAUUAUUGAACACCGCAAUAAAAGGGAAACGCGGACCUAUAGAGAAGAAGAAAAAAAAAGCAAGGCAAUAAAAGCAGCUACAACUUUUGUGAAAGCCGUUAGCGCCUAUUCCGAGCAUAAUUUCAAACUCGGGUCUCUUGGAUUUUAGAAGAAAAGACGUUGGAGAUUUUUUUUUUUAUAUCAAGAUUUCAAUGUGUUGGUGAUGAAGUGAGAUAGUAUUUGAGAAUUGUGUUGACUCUAUGAUGCUGCUGACAAAGAUCGUAUUGUUAGGCGAGGAGGAAACGCAUAAAAGCGUGACUCCUGUCAUCUGUGUGACACGAUCAAGUUAUUUUAUCAUUAGUGACUCGCUUGUUUUAAGAUUUUGUGUACCUUCUCUUCUUUAAACGACUUUGUUAGAAAGUUUUAAAAAUUGCCAAUUGUUUUCUGUCAUAAGUUGUAACUAUUUUAAAGUUUAAUAUAAUUCACCUGAGAAUUUAAAUCAACUUUAUAUGCUAAAGUGUGUUGUGUUUUUUGUUUUGUUUCAUCUCUGCUGUCAACUGGAUUUACGGACUGCUUCAUCGGAUAUCGUCUUGUGAAAUUAUUUAAAAUAACUGUUGUUAAAAAAAAAAAAAUCAAAACAAUCUUACACGUGGAUUUCGUGUUAUAAAAAAAUAAAUAUAUAUUUUUUUGUUUCUUGGCGGGAUUAUCCACGCGUCGGUGUAUCUCAAUUUAACACCCUCUCCUUCCAACUUUAAUCUUUUCGUCCUCCCCCUUCCAACGAUCCCCCGCCCCACCAAACAAUUGCUACCCUUCCACCUGUCCACCGGGAUUCUACUCGCGGGGGCGCUUAAACGCACACGUGCUGCUGCGCACACCAACACACGCAUACGUACGCGUUUGUUCACGGACAUUCGGGUGGUAUCCCUACCUUCUGACAUUCAUUUCCCAUCUUCAUUCUUCUCUCUUUCUCCCCCUGUGACGAUCUAUUGUGGUUCUGAUCCCUCUUUGUCUUCAUCCCCUCACGCUUUAUCCCUUUCUUUACCUAUCACGCGGAUUUUUUUCGUACUCGUAAACUUAUGAAUUUCUGUGCAAUUAUAAUGCAACCUGUAAUUUUGUGUAAUUGAACAUUGCAAUCGCGUGCAUAAUUUGAAAUACUGUAAUUAUUGAAAUUUAACUGUUAAAACAAAAAAUUUAAAAUCGCGAUAUUGUAACUGUCUUAAUAAUUGUGUUCCUGCAUUACCGCCACGAUCUGCACCAUCGCCGAACACGUGACUUGCUCAACGGCGACGCUGUACGACAAUGUGCACGCCGCGCCGCUAUGCGGCUCUGGCGUGGGCCACCCUGGCUCAAUCUCAUCGAUGGGUCCAGGCACCGGAGCGGGAAAUACCACCGGGGUGACCUGGUGGUCCAUGAUGAACGGUGGCCCUUACGAAGAAAGUCCGCCACCGAUACCGCCACUAGCUUCAUCUCUACUCUCUAUUCAACAUCAACAAACAUCAACACCAGGAUCUCACCAACAAGCAACCACACCAAGUUCUCCAGGUGCUCCAAGUUCUGUAACUGCCGCAGCACCAGCACCAACAGCCAGUGCCAGUUCCACAUCUCCAAGUGCUUCGUCAGUGGCGAGUAAUAGCGCAGCUGGACCGUUACAUAUUCCAGCUAAGAGGCUUACCGCUACUCCAGUAGGCGGAACAACUUAUAGCGAGGUAAAUUGCGUCGACACAGCUGGUGCUCCAGGAUCCACAGCAGGAGUUAUCAGACACUCACAUUCAUCCUCAGCGGGUUCUCAAAGCGGCUGGAGUUACAGUCCUCAUAAUCCUCAAGAAGCUUAUCACUCCACAGCCGCCACGGCAGACUCCCUGAAUCAUCACCAAACGUACGGGGGAACUAAUCCCCCUACAUACUACAACCUGGCGGACUCUGGAAUUGGAUCGUCGAGGGAUAGCCGUAGCAAAAGUGGCUUCUGGUCACCUGCAACGGCGAGCUCUGGACCAACCACGACUAGUGGGACACCUACAGAGUAUAAAUACAAUCCAGCAAGUGCUGGAGGUCCAGCAACUUCAUCAGCAAGUUCUGCAUCUGGACCUACUGGUGCUCUAGACCCAGCAGUAUCAACAUGCCAUCAGAGUUUCUCUCAAAGCUGGUGCAAUUACUCUCCAUACACCAGCACGAGGCAUCACCAUGCAGUAGAAACGGCUCAUCAUCAUGCACAUUCUCAAGCUGGUGUACCUUACCUCGCUUCCUCAGCGCCUGAUGAUCGAGGGCGUGUAGCAGCGAUGGUUGCAGCUGAAAGUGCAUUUCCUCAUGAUAGUUAUGGCAGUUUGAGAAAUUAUGGCGGACCCGAACCCGUUACGUCCAGUCCUUAUCCAACACCAGUGAUGUGGGGUUCCUCCCCAUCUUCCUUGUUUCCAACAGGUUCCUUGGCGGGGGUUGGCAUGGGAGUUGGAGUACCAGGAAUGGGCGUUAGCUGUACGUCAAAUCCAUUAGAGUGGACGGGUCAAGUGACAGUGCGAAAGAAACGUAAACCGUACUCCAAGUACCAGACUCUCGAAUUAGAGAAAGAGUUCCUGUUCAAUGCCUAUGUGUCUAAACAAAAGCGUUGGGAAUUAGCGCGGAACCUCAAUCUUACUGAACGACAAGUAAAAAUAUGGUUUCAAAAUCGACGGAUGAAAAACAAAAAAAAUAAUCAACGUCAAUCACAGCAGAAUAAUAAUAACAAUAACAAUAGCAGUGCAAACAAUGCAAAUCAUCAUGGUACUACGACUGCUAAUCAUCACCAUCCUGGCAGUGCUCACGGGCCAUCGAGUCAUCAUGUCCAAGUUGGUCAGACGCAUCAUGCAAAUGGCUCAUCUAAACAUCAUCAGUGACCCGUAGCCUUCUCUGGGGUCGUCUUUGGCCACCAACCGCAUCACGCAUCCACCUCUAUACACAGUGGUGCUAAUACUCAUGGUCUCGUAGCAGCUGCAGCCAGCCACAGUCUUCAUGCAGCCCAGUCACAGCUGACGACACCUUUGCCACAUACCACUUUAGCUUCUAACGUUCCAGCUGUUCACUCACAUCAUCCUCAUCACUCCUCCCAUCAACUGGCUCACAUGGCGACACACCACCAACACUCUAUGUUGCUCCAUCAAACUAGCCAUGGUCUUGCUGCUUGAGUAAUUGGCAAGAAACAAUUGCUCGAUGAGCAGUUAUCAUCACAUCCAUUAAGGUAAUGAAGAAAACCUGUGAAUUAUAUCACAGAAUGCAAUGCAGGGCUUAUGGACCCCCAGAGAUUUAUGUAUCAAGUACUCAUCUAUAUUAACAGGUAUCCAAGGAUAUGUAUAUUACGUCAUUAUAGUCUUGAGUCGAACUCUGCACGUGCACUCAUUAUUCCUUUUUUUCUGAUGUGGAGCAAGAGACUGUCGAGUGGUAUUAUGUUGAUGAUUUUGACUGCUAUAUGUUGAAAAGAGUAGAUGUUAUAGUAUGAAAGAUUAGACGAUGAGAGAAUGAACAAAACUGUGUACUUAUAUUAUAAGAGGAUGAAAGACAAAAUUAUUUCAUAUUUAAUAUAUUUUAUUAUUUUUUGUUAAGUAAUAUUUUUAUUUAGUUUAUUAAUUCAGCAUAACUAUUAAAUUGAAUCCUUUAAUUUUUUUAUUAAAUUUUGAAAUUUUAUAUGAAAUAUUUGGAAUAAACCAUUCUAACUAAAAUAUCAAUCAAAAUAAUUCUUGAAGAUUCCACUAUUGAAUAGAAACCUCAAAAAAAAAUUUCAAUUAAAGGAAAUGUAAUAAAAUGACUAGUAUUAUGUUGAAAAUACUUUUCUACGAAUUUAUUAAUAUAAAAAAAUAUGGGAAGAAGCUACAUAUUAUUCAGAUAAGAUUUUGUCUUUCGCCUUGAUUCGUGUGUAAACAAGAAGAGUUGCAAUGACGUCAGAUGGACUUCAUUAUUAUGAAAAGAAAAACAAGAUUCAUCUGAACAAUCUGUCCAAUUCGUAACGCGAUAGUAUUUCUCCACAAAUGCGUAAUACAUGGAGUAGAGUAACAAAAAAAAACUAGUAGGAAAUUAGUCUUGUCUAAUCGAUUCCCCUAAAUACCUUACUAGUGGAUUAAUUUUCUAUUAAGUAUAAAAUAAUAAAAUAUUCCAUAAAAUACUGUGUACUUAAAUAAUGACUGGAUAAAGAAAAUCGUAGAAUAAGGGGAAAGUCGAUUCAGGACUUGGAUUUAAUUAAUAAUCAAUUAUCUCGUUGAAUUUAAUCAUAUUGAAUUGGAAUUGUUUUUGAAACAAAAGAAAAAACGAAAUUUUGUGCUUCGCUCAUCCAGCCGCCCAUAUUUGCCGAUAGUUAUUAUUAUUAUAGUAAUGUAGAUGGAUUUAAAUAACUGAAUUAGACAUAAAUAACUAAACUGUGUAGUAAAUUAAGAGUAUUGACCCGAAGGGAGCUAGAGAGGUGUACAGUCGUACAUGAAAUUCGAUAAUUAGUUCAUUCAAUAAUCAUUGUACUUAUCUUCUAUUGAUAAAAAUUUUCCAGAAAGAAUUUUCAAAUCGUGACGGGUCGUUGGAUUAAAUAUUGUACUUAUCUGUAUUGCGAUUUGUACUCUUUAUUUCAAGCUCUUUUCGCGAGUUCAACCCAUUAAGAAUGACUGAUGUAUGCUUAAACAAAAAAAAUAUGGAUGUAUAAUUUGUUGGAUUUCUCAUUGAUCUCCUAAUAAGUAAAUUCCCUGUUUUCGUUUACAUUCUUUUAUUUGAUUUUUUGAUAUUUUAUUAAUGUGAGUUGAAAUUAAAAAUCUCGUUUCGAAUUUAUUGAAUUGAAAUAUUUGCUACGUUUUCCUCAAUUAAUCAAAAUUGUUAAAAGUAUUGUAUAAAUCUGAAUAUAAAAUCCCUCUAAACUUCAUUUUGAUGAGGAAAAUCUUUUUUAUAAAGUUUAAAUGAUGCUCUUGGACUAAUGAAAAAAAUUCUAAAGAAUAAAAAACGAUGAAUUCGAAACGUGAAUCAGCCAGAGUCAAAUAAAUAACUGACUGUGGGAAUAGUGAGCUAUGCGUUACGUUUUAUUUUAUGUUUGUGUUUGUAUGUGGAUAUUAUGCACUUGUGGCAGGUGUACUGUGGAUGAAAGUUGUGUGUAUACUUCAAUAUUUGAAGCCGCAACAUUUUUAAAAAUUCACUAAACCGAAUUACAAUGAGUGUAUAGUUUUUAUUCCUAUAAAAAAAAGUGAAGAAAGGGAAGAAAAAUUAUAAAAAAAAAAGUCGGUGCUGUCAUUUGCUUGUAAAGACUUAAUAAAAACAGUUUAGACGAAUAUAGUCGUCGCGAUACUUUUAAAAAUAUUUAAAUGAAAUAAUUAAAAAAAGUACUACCACUGUAAUUAGUGAUAACACUUAUUAUGUUAAUGAAAAUGUUUUAACAAGAUUUAGCAGUUAUUAAGAUUAUAAUUAUUACGUUUAUUAUUAUUAAUGAUUAAUAAUAUUAUAAUUAUUAAAACUAUUAUUAUUGAUUAUUAUUAUUAUUGUGAGCGUCACGUUAAUAUUAUGUUAUUGUUUUUAUUGUGUGUUGUUUUAUAUGUACCUAUCAGCCUAAAUCAUUAUGAUCGACAUUAUUGAUAGUAAUAAUGCAAAUGGAAUACGAUAAAAUUAUUUACAUACUUAUAAAGGAGACUAAAGAGUCGUGUUAUUAAAUGUGUAUACUGUCUUGACUCGCUGAUAGCUGUCCUAAUGUAGUAUGAACUUUCUAUUUGAAAAUUUUCACUAUUUUCCAACCCUCUUAUUCCUCUCCUUCAACUUAAUUGAGUCAUUUUUUAUGAAUUUUUUAAAUUAAUUAUCGAACUAAUAAUAAAGAAAUAUUUUUUCUGUAUAAAAGUCCUCUCAGUACGAAUUUACCAGAGCAUGAUGUAGAGUAUUUAAUGGAGAUGUUAUAUUUCCAUAUUAUUAAAACUUUUGAAAACUUGACGUUUUAAGUACAGUAUGAUUAAAUAGAUUAAUAA